AUUGAUUUCUCAUUUCAUACAAAAUUCAUUUCUCUACUUACAUCUUGUAAUGAUGAAAAUUUGUCCCAAUCAUUGUCAUCAUCCCCAACGUCACUUUUUCGUUCUCUUCGAAGUAAAAAACUUUAUAAAAGCAAACGCUCAGUCAUUUUUAAUUGUUAGUUUUUGUUUGAAAAUUGCAGUGAAAUGUUGUGAGAGCGAUUAAAUUUUUUUCCAAUUUAAAGUGAACUAUUUGUGAAUGUUGUUAAUUUAUUGUGAUUUAUAAUUGAUUUAGAACUAAAAUAAAUAAAUGAAAUCAGUAAAUUGUUUGUCAAAUUCUUGCAAAAAAAUGAGAACAAAGAAUUGAACACAAUUAAAAAACUUAAUAAGAAUUCAAAGUUGUCUAUUAAAUCAUAAUUCUCCAUUCAAUAUUGAAAUUCAUAUGCAGAUAAGAAAACUUUAAUUAGUUUAACAAUAUGAAAACAAGUGAAGUUCAAGACAAUGAAAGAUCCAAAAAAAUUGAAGGUGACACGUGCGAAAAGCCGAAGGGAUUUGGUUUCAGACAUGUACAAGUGAUUCUAAUAUUUUUAUGCGUCACGAUUGCAUAUGCAGAACGAGUAAAUAUGUCAGUCGCGAUUGUCGCAAUGACUGAUCGAAAUAGCACAAAUCCUGAUUUUCCCGACUAUGAUUGGAAUGAGAAGGAGAAGUCAUUGGUACUGUCGUCAUUUUUCUGGGGCUAUGUCAUCACACAAAUCCCUGGAGGUCAAUUGGCAAAGAGAGUUGGUGGAAAAGUCAUGCUUCUAGUGUCAAUAACUCUUUGUUCACUUCUCAAUCUCUUAACACCAACAUUUGCAUUGUACGGUGAUUGGCCAGCUAUUGUUUGUCUUCGUGUUGUUCAAGGAUUAUGUCAAGGUGUAAUCUUUCCAUCAACUCACACUCUUCUUGCAAAAUGGGCACCACCAAGUGAACGAGGGACGAUAAGCACUUAUUGCUAUGCAGGUGCACAGUUUGGAACUGUCGUAAUGUUGGCAAUUUCUGGUGUUCUUGCAUCUUCAGCGAUGGGUUGGCCAAGCAUUUUCUAUUCCAGUGGUGUAGCUGGUCUUGUUUGGUCAGUUUUAUAUUUCUUUUAUGGUUCAAGUUCACCUUCAGAUUGUGCUCAAAGAAUCUCACCUGAAGAGAAACAUUUCAUUGAAUCGUCUCUGAAUGUUACUGGCGAUCAUGGUGGAAGGCCAAUUGCAACUCCAUGGAAAGCUCUUCUAACAUCACCAGCAGUUAUUGCUUUGAUCGUCGUUCACUCGGCACACAAUUGGGGCUUCUGGACGAUGCUAACUGAAAUUCCGUCUUAUAUGAAGAACGUUCUGCAUUUUAACAUAAAACAAAAUGCGCUUCUCUCUGCCUUGCCAUAUUUUGCAAUGAUGGUAAUGAGCUUGAUUUUGAGUCCAUUGGCUGAUUGGAUGAACAACAAGCAGAUUUUGAGAGUUGAAGUUUCGAGGAAGGUUUUCAAUACAAUUGGACUUUGGGGUCCAAUGUGUGCACUUAUAGCUCUCGCUUAUGUGACCUCUAAGGAGCAUAGUGCAUUAGCUGUAACACUUGUAACAAUUGCUGUCGGAAUUAAUGCAGCAACAUAUUUAGGAUUUCAAAUUAAUCAUUUGGAUCUUGCACCAAAUCAUAGUGGAACAUUGAUGGGAAUUACAAAUUGUAGUGCCAACAUAAUGUCAAUCAUUGCACCGUUACUUGUUGGUGCCAUUGUUACCGAUGCGUCGGAUCCAUUUCUAUGGAGAAUAAUUUUCUUCAUUGCUGCUGGAAUUUACUUCUUUGGAAAUUUACAAUUUAUAAUAUUUGGAAAAGCAAAUAUUCAACCAUGGAAUGAUCCAGAAGCUGAGAGGAAGAGAAAUGACGGAGUUGAGAAUCCAGCCAUGGAAUAUUAACAAUUCCCUUGACAGAAGAUGAGACGUGUAGGAUAUAAAAAGACUGUACAAUAUUUAAUGUCAAUCUAGGCUCAUUUCUAAAUCGAAUCUAUUUAUGACAGUAUUUUUGUUAUUAAAUUUUUUAACUAAAUUUGUUUGAAUGAAAAACAACAGAA